AUGGGGUACAGUUCCGAAACUAACCCUUAUCAAAGAAGAAUGAGAUGUCGGGGAAUUUUCCGAAGGACAUUUCUCAACUCUACUGAACACAUCAGUGCUACAGUGCAUACUUCAUUCUCUCAGCAGCAAGGUGGAGAGCCAGCAAUGAGUGAUCCUCCCAUAUAUACUAGAAGAAGAUACACUCCAUAUGGUAUUCCAUCCCGUCAUCAGAGAAUCAACUUACAUAAACGAAACCAAAUGUAUAUUAAUAGGGAGGGAUGGCUAAUACCUCCAGAGAGAACAAUGGAGAGGGACGAGCAAGAUGACACCUCAAAGAACUGGUUCAAGGUCAUAAUUCGCUCUGGCAUAAACUAUGAUAAGAAGUGGCUCUUGAAUUUGAUUCAGAGCCAGUGCAGUAUCCCUUUCACUCCAGUAGAGUUUCACUAUGAGAAAACACACGCCCAGUUUUUUGUUGAUAAUCCCGACAUUGCCUUUGAACUAAAACGUAUCAGUGACAAGAUUUGGGAUGAGUCUAAUAAUAAGGUAUGUAGUCAUAGAACUCCAUCUGUGAUUCUGCAGCUGGCUAUGAACCAACAGGGUGCUACUUCUCAGCAAUUUCUUAAUAUGCAGAGACUCCCAUUUGUGCAAGACUUGUUGACCCAUCCUACUGACUUGUCACUGAAUCUUAGAAGGAGCAUGGCUCCAUCCCUGGAUUUUUACGAAGAGGACAUGAUGCGGAUGAAGUCUGCAGAGACGGUAGUCAAGGGACAAGACCUGGAUCCAGAAGAGAUACGUGCAGACCAAAGCUCUCUGAGUACUACCAUCCCGGAUAAGUCCAGUAACAUAAAUUCAAUUCUGGAAUUGUUCCCCAAGUUAUUAAGCCUGGAAGGACAGGAAUCACCUAAACCAACUCUCUGUGGCCUCGAGGACCACAAGAGUUUACCAACUUGCAAGGGGAGUUUUUUUGAAUCUGAGGCUGUAAAGACUCUGGUCCUACAGUUCCUGCAGCAGUAUUACUUCAUCUAUGACAGUGGAGAUCGGCAGGAACUCCUUAAUGCCUACCAUGCUGAGGCUUGCUUCUCUUUGACCGUCCUCUUCAGUUCUAUGGACUCAUCCUUGAGAAGCUUGUGCGGGUACUUCAAGCACAGCAGAAAUACGAAGAUUCUCAAAAAUUCUUAUAAGUGUCAGGAGCUGCUGAAGCAUAAAAAAUGUGACAUUAUUUGCUUUCUUCGUACAUUACCCCAAACUCAGCAUGACCUUACCUCCUUUGUGGUGGACAUAUGCUUCCAGACAGAGACGAUGCUCUGCUUCUCUGUUAGUGGAUUGUUCAAGGAAGAGGGCAGCUUUCAGGGUUGUGUUCAUGCCUUCACUCGGACCUUCAUUACUACCUACGGCAACAGUUCUGAGGAAUGUUUUUCCUCUGGCCUUUGUAUCAUCAAUGACAAGCUGUCUGUGAGGGAUGUCCAAGGGCUUCCCAGUGCCUCCAUUCCCGUGGCCACAUCUUCUUCCAGCUAUUUGCCUGCCCUCUUUCAGGAUCAACAGAAGAUGGUGCAGACAUUCUCUACACAGGCUGGGAUGAAUGUUGAGUGGUCUCAGACGUGCCUUGAUGAUGAGCAGUGGAAUCACAGUGAAGCUAGUCAGAGCCUUGCCUGGCUCCAGGUAAAGGAUGCGAGCCCCGAGCAUACCUUCAUGCAGACAGGUCCAGGAUUCUAAGAACAACAUACCAAGAAGAAGUUCCUAGGAGUCACUAUCUUAUCUCUUCAAACCUUUGUUGUGAUUUUGUUCUAGCACGGUAAUUUCCAUGUAAAUGAAUUGGGACAUCUGGGAGCUAAGGCACCCUGGGAGCUAAGGCGGAGCUUGUAAAGCUAACUCUCAUGUAUCUAAAUGACCUGUUGUUUGUGUAUUUGCCAUGUAUUUCCAGAUCAUUGUUUCUUAUUUUUUCUUUCAUUAUAGAUGUUAUUAAAUUUGUUGAGCAUUUCGUGUUUCUGUAA